AUGCCGUCCUUGACGGAAAUGGAAAAGUCCUCUGGGCACGAAAACGGCGGCGGGCAAGAAUUCGACCGGAAGACCCCGAGUCUCUCGCCGGGGACCGAUGAGGAGAGCGGCACCGACGAUCUCGGACGGAUGCACGUAACCUCUGGGAAGCCGACGUCACCCCCAAACGGUGGCUUACAGGCUUGGCUUCAAGUUCUGGCGUCCUUUUGUAUUUACUUCAAUACUUGGGGCAUCGUCGCCAGUUUCGGCGUUUUCCAAGUUCACUAUGAAGCCGACCUGCUCAAAGAGUACAGCCCGUUCGCCAUUUCCACAAUCGGCUCGUUGCAGAGUUUCCUGAUGGUGUUCCUGGGUUGUUUCGCAGGCCCCAUCUUUGAUCUGGGCUAUGCGCGUCAGCUGCUCUGGGCCGGAUCCUUGUUGAUCGUCGUCGGGACCGUUGCCCAGAGCUUCAGCAGCACCCUUUGGCAGCUGCUCCUAUCGCAGGGGCUCUGCGUCGGAACCGGAAUGGGCAGUUUAGCUGUGUUGGGGGUUGCGGUAUUAUCGCCGUGGUUUUCUACGAGACUGCCUGUGGCUUUUGGUCUCGCCGCGGCGGGAAGCGGUGUUGGUGGUCUGGUUCUACCUAUCGUGUUUCGAUCACUUCAGCCCGAAAUCGGCUUUGCUUGGACAAUCCGCACCAUAGCGCUAAUCACAUUGGCCAUCCAGGGCGUGUCCAUCGUCAGCAUACACACACCCAAAGCUUCGCGCCAGAGGCGGGCUUGGAUUGACCGCUCUGCCUUCGCCGAUAUUCCGUAUCUCCUCUUCGUGGCCGCUUGCUGCCUGGUGUUCCUGGGCAUGUACACUCCGUUUGUCUACGUCCAAGGCUUUGCGCUCCAGCGGGGUGCCGCGAGCUCUCAGGUAGACAAGUACCUGCUGGCUAUGAUGAACGGGGGUUCCAUCAUGGGCCGCGUAAUACCCAACUUGUUUGCCCAACGGCUCGGAGGGAUGAACCUGCUCAUCGCCGCGGUGCUCAUCAUGUCGAUUUCGGCGCUCUGCCUCGUGACAGUCGAGCAUACCGCUGGUUUGGUUGUGACGCUCGUGUUUUAUGGCUUCAGCAGCGGGAGCUUCUUCGCACUUCAACCGGCCACAUUUACCAAGCUCACCGAGGACCGCAACUAUAUUGGCACUCGGCUUGGCAUGGCUUACUCCGUCAUGUCUAUCGCCUUGUUAUUCGGGUCGCCGGUUGGAGGUGCAUUGGUGCGCUCAAUUGGGUAUUCUAGUGCCUGGAUCUGGUCUGGCGUCUGUCUUGCAUUGGGAAGUGCUAUGAUCGCCUUUUCAAGAGGCAUGGCCAGUGGUUGGGACUGGAGAAAACGUACAUAA